AUGCCAUUCCCACAGGUCGGCCUCGUUCCAAGACGCCGGAAGGUCGGUCAUGCUUGCAACUUUUGCCGCGAGCACCGUGUGCGAUGUGAAGCUGUCACCCCAUGUCCCCCAUGCGAGGCGAAUAAUGUCCCCUGCGUUCGAACUCGUCUACAGACUCCGCAGACUCCGCGGAGGAACCGGAGUAACGGGACAAAGGGGAGCAAUGAAUCAUGUCGUCGCCAACAGAAAGGCACCCACUCGGCGGAUACAUUGUUAGAAGACCUUCAACCUGUGGAGGAGUCUUCACCUCCAACGCCGUCGCCGUCGGCAAAUCUGGCGUGGACUUCGCAGAAAACGGAUUCGAUCUUGGGAUUCAUUGCUCGGAUCAAUGCGUUUUGCUCUGGAGGACAGCAGCAGUAUGCGAGCACCGCUUCAUCUGGUGAUACACCUUUCGGACAGGACUUGCCUUUUCUCUCUGGGGUACAGGAGACGCAGGCCUCCGACUGCGACUUGUCUCCAGCCCAGACUGGUCGUAUAAUGCAGACCUUCUGGUCGCAUCUUCGCCCACUAAUGCCGAUCGUGCAAUGGGACGAAGUCAAUCCCGAACGAAUGAAUAGAGCUCUCCAGCCUCUCCAAGAUGCAGUUACAGUAUACACUUUACAAUACAUCCAUAACUCCAGCCUGCACACGCGCCUCGCCGGCCUCAAUUGGCCGCAAUUCCAACAUUGGAAGUCCAAAAUCGGACUCCCUUACUUCCAACGCGCCCUCUCGGCCGUCACGCAACUCGCCACAUUCGCUCGUCCUUCUGUACCGGUCAUGCAAUGCUACUGCUACUUGACUCUCUAUUUGCUUGACGCGGGCCAGUAUCAGGCAGCAUAUAUUAUGGUGGGACUGGGUCUUCGCAUUGCGCAGUCGCUCAACUAUAUGGACUCUCGGAACGGCUGGUACAAGGAGUGUCGGCCCUUUCGUCACGUUUGGUGGACGCUGAUUCAUCUGGAGUUUCGUUGCGCGCGACAUGUUGGCAAGCCGGUUACUAGUCGUGCAGAUGGCUUGGUUGGGUUGGGUCCUAGUAGGGAGGAGCUGGAUAUGGACUGUUCUAGUGGCUUAUCUUAUCACAUCGAGUCUAUUCGUCUUACGGCUGUUGCGCGGGCUAUAAAUGAGGCCAUGGACCUAAAUUCCCCGCGCGAGGGGAUAUCUGGGCUUGCGAAUAUCGAAGCACGCGCGGAGGUCUUGUUGAAGCAUCUUGACCUCCUUAAGCUAUGGCGCGAUGAGUUACCUCGUCAGGAGCCUUUUGCGAAUCUCCAGCUCGACGCAGUUGAAACAACAAAAACAUCGCCUCAACCAGGAGAUGCGCUGUCAACCCCUCAAGAUACACUAGCAGGCUCGCCAAUCCUUGCCCUCCAAAACACUCUCCUCUCCCUCCAAUACCACAACACGACAAUGACCCUGCACCGCACAUUCAUCCAAUUCCCCAGCACGAGCUCAAGCUCUAACUCCAACUCCAGCAACCCAACCUCCAAAUCCACAACCCACGCCCUCACAGCCCUCCACCACGCAAUAACUCUAACAACCCUCACACACACCCGUCUAUCCACGCAUGAUAUCCACCACGGGCACGCUGAGAUCUACCAAUACCAGUGGAACGCAGUCAUCACCAUCAUCGGGUUCAUGCUCGCCUACCCGUUUCGUCGCGAGCUGUGCGCGUGGGCGAGGGGCUGCUUGGAUCUUGCGAUGGAGGUUUUCACUUCUGCGGGUGGGGAUGCGGCCGCGAAGCGCGCGGCGGUGCUUACGGGGUAUUUGGGUAGGAAGGUUGAUGGGUUGGUGGGGGGUCAAGAUGGUCAACAUAUUACACCGGACCCUCCUCCCUUCCAUCCUCCUACGUCGGCGACAACAACGACAGUAAGGGAAGAUUCCGAGGAGGAACACCCACUGCAGUCUCGGACUUCUGAGCCAGCUCACCCCGUCGCUCUGGAUCAGGCAGUUUCCACUGCCACUACUGCCACUACUCCUAUCGCUCUCAAUACACCUAAUAGUCCUUUCCUCAGUACAGACGGACAGCCACUAUGGCUCUGGGAUGAACUGGGCAAUCUGGACGCGUGGCCGACGUACUGUGACGAGGCCUUUGAGGCGUUUAUGGUGGAUCCAGAAGAUUCUUUUGCAUAA